AUGGCUGCCAUGUUCACCCCGACGGCAUCGGCCAUCCGGCCAAGCUUAGCCGUGGCCCAGCGCACCAGCCUGCAGGGCCCUGCAGGAUUCCUUCUGCGGCAAGCCAAGCCGGCGGCUCUACGACAUGCGUCCGGGCGGCCGUAUUUUUCGUCGCCGCCGGUAACAUCGACGCGUCUCGUCUCCCUUUCCAGCGACUGCCUGAACCUGAAGAAACAGACAGCGGUGACGUCGUCGCCUUCGUCUCUGUCAACGGUGGGAGCCAUUGCACUGGCCCGGUCUCGUCGAUGUGCGUUUUCUUCGUCCUCAUCGUCGUUGUCAGCGUCGCCGUCGCCGCCCGGCCGCCCGGCCGCCCAGCAAGAUGCAGCCAUUGAUGCAGCUGCGGCCGCAGCCGUGUCCAAGGCACAGCAGACAGCCCAUGCUGACCUGCCACCACUGGAUUGGAACACGUUUUUUCAACUGCGCAAGACCCGCCGGCGGAUCCAGCUCGUCUUUAGUAUCGUCGGCGGUCUGUCGGGUGGUCUGGCCGGCGGCCUGUUCCUCGGCUCGGGCGUCGCGGAGCCACUGAUUGCACAGGUCCCAUUGGACCCUUUUCUCACCCUCGGACUGAUGACCUUUGCCUUCUCCUCCCUCGGCUGGCUUGUCGGUCCGAGCGUUGGCAACGUGGUGUUCUACGCGUGGAAGCGACAGUACCGGGCACAGAUGACGCUGGCAAGUUUACAGAUCCGGAAAGAGACACAGUUUUUCGCUCGCGUCAAGAAGAAUCGGGUUGAUCCGUCAGCAUCCUCGGCCGGUAACCCCGUGCCUGACUUCUACGGCGAGAAAAUCUCCAGUGUGGCCGGUUACCGGCAGUGGCUAAAGGACCAGCGGGCUUUCAACAAGAAACGGACAACAUUUGUAUAA